UUGUAAAAUCAAUACAUUCAUCGUUCCACUCAGAAUCUAAAAAAUUAAGAAAAAUAAAAAAAUAAAAAGAAGAUGCAUAUUUUAUAAAUUAUAAGUGCAUAAGUGCAUGCAUAUGUGAUAUAUAGCGCAUCAAGCUCCAAGCUACAUUAUAAUAAUAAAAUGUUGUUUUUUUUUUAAUAUAAUUAAUGAAGGAGGAAAUUUCGAAUAAUCCAACAAAACCAGUACCUAAAGCAUUUAAAGAAAUAAGGAGAUCUGUAAUUACUUCAGGAAUACAAGGUGCUACAAACUCUGAAAUUGUAGAUGCUAUUCCAGUAUUUACUAGCAUAAAAAGUUCCGGUUACAGAAAAAAAAUGAAAAUGAUUCCCCCUUUACCGUCGAAAUUAUGCGAUUUAACGAUUGAAGGUGACUGGCGUUCUACAAACGAUGGGAGAGAUUUUUUAUUAGGUUCAGAAGGAAAUGAUGAAAAAAUAAUUAUAUUUGGAACAGAUGGAUUUUUAAAACGACUUUGUAGCAGUGAAAUCGUUUUCAUGGAUGGUACAUUUAAAUCUGCCCCCAAAUUAUUUAUGCAAAUAUACACAUUACACUGUUUUGUAAUGGGUGUUAUGGCAGGGGGUGGACACUCUUGGGCGGCGGGCCGAUAAUAGAGAAUCAGUCGGCCAUGACACCGAAGGUAUACAGUGUGCACAUUGCUAUGGCAAAAUAAAGAAUCUUUACGUUUGUAUAAAUGUUCACACUGAGUAUAGUAAUGAUAAGUACUACGUUUUUACGUUAUCGUGAUUUUUUAUUGUAAAAAUGGGUUCCACUUUUUUUUUCAGUGAAAACUGGUCAAACUGUUCGGUUGAACUGGCCCUACUGUAUGCCGCCGGUGUCAUGGCCGACUGACUCAAAAAAUUGUCCUAUGCUGCCAAUGUUAAAUGUUAUCAGUGUCCAUUCUGAUUGUUAUAUUCU